AUGGCAGUACUGCUGUCUACGUCAUCGGCGUUAUUAUUAUGCGAGUCAAUAGGCUCGAUACCAGGAAACGAAGGAUUCUCGUACAAAAUAGAAUACACCAAACUCUCGCAGGUCCUGAUAUCAAGCAAAUUCUUCCGAUCCCUGGUCCAUGUAUUCCUCUAUGCAUCCCUAGAAUCAAUAAUAAUCGCCUCCCUCGUGCUUUCCGCACAGUCGUUAGACAGUUUAUUCGUUAUUUCGUUGGGCACCUCGUGCGGGAUUGGCAUCUAUCCCGAUCUGGGACAGGUUUGUACGCAAAGUUUGGGCAGUGAGAAUAGCCCUUAUGGUGACAGGUGGAUGAUUAUGACUGCUGGACUCGUGGUAACAUUAAUCAUCGUAAUUCCAAUGACAUGGAUGAACCUCUCCAACAAUUCCAGAAUACAAAUUGCAUGGAUCAUAACCACCAUACAUCACGGAUUGGAUCCGAGUAGAAUACCGUUCAUCGGAAAAGAUCAAAGCCAAGUGGUGGGCGGCGUGUUGUUUAAUUAUGCUUUCAUCACCUCGGUGCCAAGUGUUGUCAGUGAGUUGAAGAGAGAUGUCUCCAUAAAGAGACUAAUCUGGACGGUUGUCCUUAUCACCACCACCUUCUAUCUCUCGCUGGGCAUUUUAGGCGCUGCAUCCUACCAGAUCGAAACCUCCACCAGUAUUAUUGCGAUCAUUCGCAAGGUUGAGCUGCAGAAUGGCAUCGCUGAGGUGGCAACUUAUAUGUUCCCGUUUUUACUGCUAUUUAGCAUACCCGUAUAUGCUAUCGUGCUCAGGUACAACUUGAUGAGAUCCGGAUUGUGUAAAACGGAAAGUUCGUCGAUACUCGUUUCCCUCCUUCCCUGGAUCCUGGUAAUUCCGCUUCAAACUGGCCACUGGUUGAGCCUGUUUACCAAUUGGACCACAAUAAUCUUCAUAUGUAGUUCAAAUUUCAUCAUACCUUUCUGGUUAUACAUUCUAAGUCAAAGACGAGACGCCUACCCACCCGAAAUGCCGAUAUCGCCUAUGACGAAGGUCUAUUCUAUAAAUACCGAUGAGGAGGUAGCUUCUGUGUCAAAAUCAUUUAGAGCUUUUGCGUGUUGCGAGAGGAAAAAAAAAAAGGAAGAACGCAAGGGCGAAGAGAAAAAGGAUGGAAUCAAGGAAGAAGAUGAAGGAAAGAGUAUUGGUUUGGCGGCAGCAUGGUUGGCAAGCGUGUGA